AUGGAAGUAUUUGACAGAAUUCUACUCGGAAACAAAGAUGAUGCCUGUGAUAUUCACCUCUUCAAAGAACAAAACAUUGGUCUCGUCAUUAACGUAACCGACAAUAUUGAUAAUCAUUUUGAGAACAAGACUGAAAUUAAAAUCAAGCUACGAAAACAUGAACAAACCGAAAUGAUGAGAAGCCUCUCUCAAUCCUCGGAAGGUAUGGAUGAAUUGGUGUUUGAUGAAGAAGAUGAAAACAUUACACCAAAGAAGGCUUCUCUUACAUCAUUCCCUCAAGAAGAAGAAGAUGAAAACUCUUCCUCUCGUAUCUUGCUCUCCUUAGAUGAGGAAAAGUUCAUUCCCACUCCUCCUUCUCUGAAGCAUAACACGAAUGUAUCAACUCCAACACAACACGGAUUUAUGGACCUUUCCAAUCAUGAGCAACUCUCUCAUCCUUCCAUGACGACCACAACAACAGUCUCUGAAUAUUUACUUGUUCCUUCUCAAUAUUCUUCAAGCUCUUCCGCUCUUUUGGAUGACAACAUGAACGCAGUACCAACAGCAAGUCAACUCUCCUUGGUCUCUGCUGCCUCUUCAGAUCCAAUGCUUGUCGAUGAUUCUGAGAGUGUCAUGUCCAGUAAUGCUUUCAUUGUUCCUGAAGAGAGUAGUCGAAUGUCGAGCAUGAGUGAUGCAAUUUCUCGCUUCUCUUCAUCGAAUACUCUUGAUUCGAUGGCUUCUGAGGCCAGUCACUUGUCCAUGGUUGAUGAUGCCAAUAUGUUGAAUCAAGAAGAACAUUCAUUGACAACACCCAAUCAAAAGAAAGCCACAACACCCAAGAAAUCUUCCUCAAAGAAGAGAUCAUCUUCCAAGAAGACCACACCAAGUCGUAAAAAACCCAUUGCCAUCUAUCGAUCUGUGAAAUUGAAUCAUCCAAUUAUUUAUCACAAAAUCUCUAUUGAGGACUCGAGUGAGAUUCUCAUUUCUGAGUAUUUUGAUGAGGCCAUUGCAAUCAUUCAGAGAUUUCUCGAAGAGUAUCCAGACCGAAAGGUCUUGAUUCACUGUCGAGAAGGUCGUAGUAGAAGUGUCUCAACACUCAUUGCAUUUGGAAUGAAACACCUGAAAAUGUCUCUAAAGGAUUGUUAUGAACAUGUCACAGAAAAGAUUGACGGACGAGAUCGUAUCAAUGAUGGUUUCAAGCGCCAAUUGAUGCAAUACGAACUCAAGCUUAAAAAGUUGCAAGCCAUGGAAGCCGUUAAGGCCUCUAAACGAGAGGAGCAUUUCAAAACAAAUCCAGAGAUUCCGUUUAACGAGGAUUUUGUUGUCACAGAUUUACCUGAUGAUAUUCAUGUCAACUCGUAUUCCUUCUUUAAUCGAAACAAGUACGGAAAGAAUUAUGCCCACAAGUCUGCGCGUGGCAAGAAUGAUGACGAUGGUGAAGACGAUAUGGACUUUGAUGAAGAAGAUGAAUUUGAAUAUGAAGAGGAUGAAGACGACGAAGAUCUCGACGAUGAGGACUUUGACGAAAGUUAUGGCACCAAAAAGAAGAAGAAGAAGAAAUCUUCCAAACAAAAAGGAAGAGGCACCACUCGUCAACAAAAACUCUUCUCUAAAUCUUGGGAAGAAAUUAAAAUUGAGGAAAAGCAAAACAAGUCUCAAGGCAAGCAAUUGAGUUUGAUGGACAUGUUUGCAAAGAAAGUGAAAAAGGUGGAAACAGGAUCCAAUGGCACGAUGGAUGCACCUCAAGCAAAAACUACCAAACAAUCUACCGAAUCCCUCUUCAGUCCUAAAAAACCAAAGAAACAGACCUCAGCCAAGAAGAAGACGACACCUGCUGCCACUACUAGCAAUAAGAAGGAUGUCACGAAGAAGGACACUCCACUUUUGAAUAAUCUGUCAGCUACUACCGAAGCAAAUAGUGACAUUUUCCAAACACCCGAACCUGUUGGGCAAGCUUUGGUUAGCAUGGCUAUUGACAAUCAGAAUGCCAUGGAGGAGACUUCAAUGAAUAAUUUGCCACCACAAGAUUUUGUCACUGCUAUGACUUCUGAAAGCACCACCUUAAUCACCACUGCUGAGGAUGCCUCCCAAGUUGUAAACGCUGUGACCAGUAGUAGUGAUAAGCUUCAAUCAAUUUCUCAAUCCAGUACCACAACCCUUCCAUCAAAGAAGAAAAAGGAAUCAAAGAAGGACCAAUCCAAUGGAAGCACCAAGAAGAUCUUUAAGCGUGCUCCUCGAUUACCUAAACCAGAAGAAACUUCUUCAGUAGCUACUGAUGAAAAAACCACCCCAGAAGAAAAGCCCAAGAAGAAGAAGAAUGAAGCAAAAAAGAGAAAGAAGGACGAAACCACACUUGGCAAGGAAGAAAAGAAAAACAAGUCACACGACGAAGAAGGAUCCAAGAAGAAGAGAGAAAAGAAGAAGAGCAAGAAGGAAAAGAAGAAUCCACCAAGCACAAGUACAUCACCCUCUGCUGCUCCAACUGAUGCUACGGGUACCAUUGUGAACGUUCAGCCUCAAGUACAUGCUUUCAAUGACCAUGAAUUGCAUCAUUCUGUUCCUGCUGCUACUACUGCUGCGGUAGUGGAACAUGAAGUGAAAGUAUCUGUCUCAGAUGAGAAUAAGGAAAAUAUUGUACCAUUACCUUCCUCCUCAACAGCAACCACUGCGGAUGAUUCAAAGAAGAAGAAGAUCAAUAGCAUUAUGAACUAUUUUAAACCCAAGGCACAACACACAGCAACCACCACCACUACUGUCUAG